AUGGAAUUUAGAAGGCGUCAUCACAGUGACGCCAUCAAGUGUGUAGCCAAUGACGUCACAGAACAAAGAACAGGUCUUCGCUGGAAUAUGAAUCUGCUGCAGCAACACAAGCUUAGCCAGACACAGAUCUUCAUAGUUAUAAAGACACUGGUUAGUGGGACGUCAUCGAAUUCUUGGGAUAUCCCGACAGGCAAAGCGUACAGGUUAGGGAGAGGGGAGGGGAGGCGGGCGCCAGUUCCUGCAUAUAAGCGACGUUGCGUCUUCUACUCUCCACAUUACACAGCUAGCCUCCAACCAACAAUGAAUAGCAUCAAAGCCGUGAUUGUGUGUUUCCUGGUGGUGGCCGUCUCCGCCGGUGUAGACCGAAGGAGAGGUGGACAAGGAUCCAACAGAUUCCUUCCCGGAGGUUUCGGUGGUGUCCAUGGAGGUGGUCUCUUCGGCGGCGGUAUUAAUGGUGGCGGAAUCCAUGGUAGUGGAAUUCAUGGUGGAAUCCAUGGCGGUAGUGGUAUUAUCGGUGGUGGAAUCUCCACUGGCUCAAGCCAAUGCAGAUACUGGUGCAAGACUCCGGAGGGUCAAGCCUACUGCUGCGAGACGGUCCAUGAACCAGAGACACCUGUUGGUACCAAGCCACUCACUUGCCCUCAAGUCCGUCCCACAUGCCCACGUUUCCAUGGGCCUCCCACAACCUGUUCCAACGAUUACAAGUGUGCUGGCCUCGAUAAGUGUUGCUUCGACAGAUGUUUGGGAGAACACGUGUGCAAACCUCCUUCAUUUUUCAAUAAUCAUCUCCCCUUUUAAAAGCGGUUAUCGUUAAAAAGGAGUAAUCGCUUUUCCAUAACGGAAGAUAGUAAAUCUGUGAUUUGUAGAUAUUUAUUUUUGAAUAAUAAAUCCUUGAAUGUUUAUA